AUGUCGCAAUCAGACGAGGGCAACGACGCCCACGACAUUCCCACGCGCAACUGGGAGAGCGAGCUGGCCGAAAGCGUCCCCGAGGAGGCCGAGCAACAACAGACAUUCUUCGCACCGCCAGCACACAUCGCCGCGCGCUUCUAUCGAAACGCACUCACACGUCGCAAGUCUUCAGCGGCAUCGUCACGACGAAACUCGCUGUCGUCGGCGCAAUCACACACAUCCAGCCGAUCGCAUCGCCGAGGCUCGACAGGAUGCCAGAGUACUUACAUAGCACAGCAUUUGCGACGAGCGUCUAUAAUCGAAUCGCGAAAGGCCCGCCUGGCUGAUCGCGCUGCCCACGCCGAGCAGGUGCGACUGCGAGCGGCGCUUGCCAAGGCAACACCACGAGGCAACAAUCAGAGUGAAGAGCGCGCGGUCGCAGCGCAAUUGGCGAAGGAGAAGUACUUGGCCAAGGUUGCGGCAGCAUGUGCGGAAGAGGUGGCGCGCGCAAAGCGUAUUGCAGAAGAGGUGAAAGAUCGCAAGCUGGCCGAGGAGACACGCUUGCGACUGGAGAUGGAGGAGCGCCAUGCCGAAGCUGAGAAGAGACGGGCAGAGUACCAGCGCAAUCUGCAGAUUAGGCGUGCUCGACGGGCUAUGAGUGCGGAGAAGAAGCUGGCGGUGCUGGAAGAGGUGGAUGUACUGGACGAAGAGGCCAUCAUCGAUGAGAUCGUAGAAGUGGAAGGACAAGUAGACGAAGUCGCUGCGAAGCGCAUUCAGCGAGCAUGGCAUUUGUACCAACGACGAAAGCCAGUCGUUGCCUUCAAACAGCUCUAUCUCUCGGCCCAUCGCGCGCAGAAUACGGUCUUCGAGGAGAUGACAGCUCUUGUAGCUGACACCCAAGUCAUCGAUGCGACAACAGCCAUGCUCACACACCUUGGUCUGCAGGAGCCAAACGACGCCAAUGCCUCGCUGAACACGAGAACCUUCCUCAGCGCGUAUAUGAUAUGUGCCCAUCCGGUGGCCGUGCUGCUCAACAAGACUGGUGCGCAAGAGCAAGACUUGAUUUCGAAAGCCUCGGACCUGAUCAGCCAGUUCGAAGCAUCUGUUGAGCGUCUGGCACCUUGGAACGACUACACUGCCAACCCGAUGCAGCUGGAGACACUGUCGCAGUCGUACACAGCAUACACCUCCGCUUUUGCAGCUUGGCGACUACAAGACUCUAGCGUACUCGUGGACGGCAUGGUCGCCUCGUUUGUUGAGUUGGACGCGAUCUGGCAGACGGUCAAGGAUGACAGUCGCGGUGAGGUAGCUAGCGACUACCGUCAGGGCAUUCGCGACAAUCAAGUCAUGCUUCUGAGCAGGAUCAGGAAGCUCGCCGGUCCAGACCGAGCAGACAUGCUCAUCAAGAAGGCUAUUAGGGAAAGUCGUCGCAAGAGGCCCAAGCAACGACCAGCUUCAGAGGUCAGGCCGCGUGGUGUUGAAGCUGCUUCGAGUGAUUCAGGUCCAUCCGAACAAGUGGUUGAUGAAGCAUUGCCAACCUUCGCAGUUGGCUCGGGCGAGAUCAACAAGCUCUUUACAUCAAUGCCAAGCAACCGCGUUUUGACCCAUGAAUUGGCCAUCGACAAGCACUACAAGCUCGAAGACAGGAACGGCGACCUUCGACACCAGCUGUACCGGAGCAUCUGCGACAGCAUGAAGGCUGGGUUUGAAGCCGGGAACGGUGCCGUCUGGACAGUCUCGGCUGCUGAGAACGUCAAGGAGAAGCUUUUGCGGAUGCUGAAGCCUGGUAACAACAUGUACACCAUGAUCUCGGAAGCACUGGACCUGGACAACAUCAAUCAACAGUGUCAGCGGGGCGUCUUCUCAUACUCGGGCUUCUUCAACUUCAUGGCCAAUGUUCUGCCGAAACUUUGCGCUCCCUUCAGAGAUCAGGAGGUGAAGGCCUUGACAGAUUAUCUCAAGUCAGAUGAGAAUGGCGACGAACUCAACACGAUGAUUGAGAAGCUGUUCCGACUUUUGCGCAUGGUCGAUGUCCUCAGUCUUGACUACACGAACUUCAUGAUCAUGAAUGUUGCGCCUCAACUCAUCAAGGAAGCGCCAGGGUACGAGCAACGCAUGUUCGCCAAAGACCUCGAAUCCCACGUCGUCACCUUGAUCCGCACAAGGCGAUGGUGGCAGGAGUCGUACACAUCACUGACUGCAGAAGCCGAUCGCCGAGACCCAGAAGGCGUCAGGCAUCCAUCCGAUCGACCAAGUCCACAGAAGAUCUAUACCCACGCCUUGGUCGAGACAGCCAUCAGCCAAGGCGAGCUUGACAAAGAUGCCGUACCGGAGACUCUUCUCCUGGACCUCGAAAGAUUGCAGCACAUCAGGACCAAAGCCAUCAGAGUCGCAGUCGUCGGUGCUAUACUCCUGACCACCAAGAACAUGCUCAAACGCGACGUCCGUAGCCAAUGGAAAACCGAAGCAGGUCGUCUCUGGCAGCUCCUCAGCACGGAACCUUAUUCCACUUCUUCGUUGAGCGAACCAUUCACGGCCGCGAAAGCUUUCUCAGUCCUCGAAACGGCACAUAACAUGCCGCCCUCAACGAAAUCGCACAUCUACUCAACCAUCUCCCGCUUCUUCUCCCAAGCAGCGGCCGCUACAUCGAGCGGUGAGAAGUUUACAGAUCCGGUCCUGAAGGUCUUGUUCCAGCGCCUCAAAAGCCACGUCCUAUCACGCCUUUCUGCAGAGACCUCCGCGGACAGGGUUCGGGCUGCCUCCUCGGCGAGCGAGAAGCUAGCAGCAUGUGGAAUGGCGGAAUUCACAAGUCAGGUCGCGGGGAUUGUGGAGGUGUUGGAGAGGGUCAGAGUGGUUGAUUGGGAGGGGCAUGGGGGCUGGUAUGGGAAGAUCGUCGAGGAGAUGUAG